GUUCUGAAAUCGUACAUUUGUAUCAGAACUACGGUUUUGUUUUGCUUUUUUGACAACUUCUUACUUGUUAAGAAAUGAAAAUUUGAACUUUGAAAAAACAAAGCUUUUAUCUCGUUAAAUUUUAUCACAUAUUUUUAUACGUUUUUAUUGACUGCAUUUAUUUAUGGGCAUACACAUCAACUGUUCUGUCAGAUAUCUUUUGUGAAUGAAGAGAAAGAUAUAGCUGGAUUAUAUCAAAAUGAUUCUUCUGAGAUCUGCAGUUUACUUUUAUAUAUGCCUAAUAAUUUUUUACAUCCCUUCUUUAAUUGCAUUCAAUUAUUGUGGAAAGCCUCCUGGUGUUAAAAAUGGUGAGGCAAUUCGUGACGGUUUUGGUACAGAAUUCUCUGUGGGAACUCACAUUGGUUACAGAUGUUUUGAUGGAUUUAUAUUAAAUACAAUUGGAAGUAGUUAUGCUAGAUGUGCGAUUGAUAAUGGGACCACUUAUUGGCGGCCUGCAAUCAUAUCCUGUGAACCUGUGUGUAAUCACUUGCCAUCAUUACAAAAUGGGCAGUUAAAGUUGGGUGGACGCUCUCCACCAUUCAUGCCAAGGGAUUCUAUAGAAUAUGUUUGUGAUGCUGGUUAUACUCCCAGCCACAUGGCUGCUAAGAUUACUUGUAAAAUUCAAGAAGGUAUGGCUAAUUGGACUGAUACAGAAAAUGCUUGUAAACUUUUAGUGAUUAGCUGCAAUGAUCCUGGCUACAUUGAAAAUGCUCAGCGCCUUGGUAGUGUCUUUACAUUUCCAAACAAUGUUACCUAUGUCUGUAAUGAAGGCUUCAAAUUAAUGGGAGCUGCCAUUAGAUAUUGCUCUCCUAUAGGUCAAUGGUUGCCUAGUUCACCUCCUUUUUGUGAAGCCAUAGUUUGCCCUAUUCUGUCACAUCCUUUGAAUGGCAAAGUUAUAUCAUCUCAAAGAAGACUUCAUGCUGUUGCUACUUAUGAGUGUGAUAGAUACUAUAAUCUUUCUGGAAACAGUGAGCGCAUAUGUCAAGAAGAUGGGACCUGGUCUGGUGAUGUACCAACGUGCAAGGAAAUAACUUGUUUCAAUCCUGGUGCACUUCAGCAUGUUCGUGUCAUCCCUAAUACAACAUUUUAUAAGGCCGGGGAUCUUGUGAUAUUCAAAUGUAAUUAUGAUUUUCACCAAACCUCUUCCAAAUGUUUGGAAACUGGUGAAUGGAGUAAAAGACCACCUCUUUGUUCAGGUCCUUCUACAACCGAGUCCUCCAUUUCAUCUGUUUCUCCAGAUAUUGAUAUAGGUGAUGACUUGAAUAUUGUAAGAAGAGCUGAUUGUGAUGAUCCAGGAGAAAUAAAAAAUGGUGUCAGAAUAAUUGGUGGCUUGACUAUUAAUAGCACUAUAACUUAUGCUUGUGAAAAGGAUUAUGAACUAAGAGGCAAGGCAACUUUAUUGUGCAAGGAGAAUGGAAAAUGGGAUCUUGAUAAGCUUCCUAUAUGUGUGAAACCAUUAUCUACAAAAUUACCUAGUAUUAUAGGGAUUGUUUGUGGUGUAUUGAUUUUGGUUGCUUUUGGAGUUGGUGGCUAUUUCUGGUAUAGAUGGAGAGAAAAGAAAAUGCGAGGUUAUGGUGAUAAGAGCAAAGCUUUAACAGCAGAUGCAACCGAUUUGGAAGAAAUUGCUGGAUUAGAUAGUGGGAAAAAGCCGAUACCUGUAACGGUUUUGUAAUUAUCUACUUAAAUUUAAAAGUGGCUUGAUCAGUCAAGCUAUCCCUUUCAGAGCUUUACAAAAUAAUAAUUGUACUUGAAUAAUGAGUUCCUUCAUCAGUGAAAGGCUGAUAUUUCUUGUAGAGAAAUACAGUCAAUUUUUCAUGUACAAUUUUUAAAUGAAAUGUGGUUUGACAUUUCAGCAAUGAGAGCAUCAGUUCUCUGUGCUGUCACUUGAUCCACAUGUCAUUGUUCAAAUUUGACAUCGCUGCUGACUACAAAGAAUUUCUCUGAUUUAUGCUUUAUAAACUUCAAAGUUAGUGCUCAUUUUUGUUGCACGCAUUUCUGGGGUUGUAUUUUAACCGUUUGGGUAUAUUUCUGAGUGCAUGAGCAUUUAUGAGAAUUUGUUGUAGCGAUCUGAAAAGUAAAUAAACUCUAUAUUUUGUUUGUAUAUUUUCAUUGUUAUUACUGUUCAUGAUCUAUUGUUUUUGAAACGUCUAAAAUAUGUGUAGUUUUGGGGCAAAGCAUAUAACUAUCACUAUGUUUUAGUUUAGAUACAGUUAUCUUUCAUAUCUUAUAAAGUACUUGCAAAAAAUAUAAAUUUGGUUUUUCAUGGGCGAAGGGAGAAUUUAAAAUGAUAGUCUGCAUUUUUUUUUUUUUUUUCAAUUAUUUGAUUCUGAAGAAAUUAGUUAAAAUUUUAUGCUUUCAAAUUGUGCGCUAUAUAUUAAAGCUUAUUAUUUUAUUAAAUACAAUAUAUUACGUUUUUAAUAGCUUUAUUUUUUCCGGAAAAAUAUUAAAAUAUUAGUUAACGCUACUUGCUGUAUUAUGAUUAUGCUCUGUUGAUACUAAAGUUAUGCCUGCAGAUCUUAUUGAAAUAACUUUUCCUUUAAGUUUUGAUCAGUGAAUGAAUCUAUUUGAUUAUUUUUCAUUAAUUCCUAUGACUGGAGACUGUUAUGCUCAUUAAAAAACUGUUGCUAAUGUCUUUUCUUAGUUUUAUGUCUUAAACUUGUGCUCAUGUUACCUACUUGGAUUACAGCUUCUUAUAUAAACUAGUUAUUAGGUUUCUCGAUAUUCAUCUGAUUCACCAGUAUAUUUUUGAAUCAUGGUUUGUAGUUCGGAUUUAAGGUUGAUUGAAGAUAUAUUUGGUUACAAUCUGUUAAGAUCGUGGUCGCUAAACUUUAAGGAGAGAAAUUUAGUUUUAAAUGUUCCUUAACUUUUAUUCAGUAUUCUGUUCUAUUUUAUUUAUUUCCUUUAUCAGUUCCUAUAAAACUUGCUAGUUUUCAUAUUGUGUAAAUAUAUUAAAAAAAAAUAGUUUAAAUAAUUUCUGCCUUCUUAAAACCUAAGCCAUUGCAAUUUAAUCGCAUACUUAUUUCGGAAAUUAUAUUGUCUCUUGCAACUCUUGUCUUUUCUGAUAGUAAGUCGUUCAGACAUAGAAAAAGAAAUGCUUUUUGUGUUUAAUGUUUUGAAGUUUUAUUUACUAUUUGACUUAAGAGAAAAAAUACUGAUAGAUAUUCAUUAAUGUAUUAUUUUAUUAAAUUCAGUUGAAAAAGUUUCAAAGACGUUUUGUGAAGAUAGCUUUUACAUAUUUUAAGCAAAGAAUACCUAUAAUAAAUAGGGUAUUUAUAAAAUCAUGUGACUUAAUUUAGUUGUGUACAUAUAUAUAUUCUGAAAUUUCAAAAGAAUUGUUUACAUGACACUUCACAAUUUCAUUUAAUAUUUGUGUUAUCAUUCUUGAAUUUUUCUGGUCUAAAAGAAAUAAAGAAGUAUUAAAUUGAUGUUGUAUUAGCAUGGAUCAAAUCUUCAUUAUCAUUCUAGUCCUUUUUCUUCCCUUGCCCACUAUAUUUGAAAUAUUCUUAACCAUCAUCUCUUAUUUUUAAUGGGAUUAUCUGUUAAUUAAGAUUCCAGUUUUGGGUUAAUUCAUUUUUACAAAUAUGCGAUUGUUUUGAUUUUUGAUAUUAAACAAUGAAUGAAAUUUGUUUUUGAUUUGUGUGUGUGUUUCUUUAAGAAAAAUAGUUUGCUAUUUUUUUUUUUUAUUUAGCAUUAAUUAAUUUUUGUAAAUGAAUAUCAAUAUAGUGUAUCAGAUUUGUGAAUAGGUUGGAAUGCUUAUGCAUGCAAGUAGCAUAUGUAGGGCAGUAAUUUAACUUUCAUGCAUUAUAAAAAAUAAAUUCUGCAAUCUUUCUUAAUAAGCAUAAAAGAAGGCUUUUUUUUGUAGCUCAAUUUAUAAUUUUGUGAUAAAUCUAAAAAAAAAUUCAAUUUCUUCCCAUUUUUAGAAGUCUAUUUAUUCAGUAAAUGAAGAUUUGGCAAGUUUGUAUCAUUGCUGGCUGAUUUUUUUUUUUUUUUUCAAUAUUUUAUUUUAAUCUGUAACAUGUUAACAUGUAAUCUGACAUGUUCCACCUAUUUAUCCUUACAUUUAAUUUUGUUAUAUAUUUUUUUUUUUAUCAUUUUGUAUAAGAGGCAUAUUUAUUAGUGAAUAUUAUCAAUGAUUCAAUUUAAUUUAUUUUGGAAUUUAUUUGAAAUUGUGGAUUUAAGAUACACUGACCUUAAUGAUUAUUGAUCUCUUAAAAGUUUUGAGUGAAUUCAAUAGUUUAUUGUUUAUAACAAUAACAGCUUUAAUCUUAAAAAACAUUUGCUUUUUUAAUUUUACUUCAAAAAUUUAUCAGUUGUGUAUUGUAUCAGAAAAUCAACUGUUAAUAUAUGCAAAUUAUAACUGUUUUUUAUUUUUCUGGCUUGCACUUUAUGGUAAUUUCAUGUAUGCAAAUAAUUGAAAUUAUUAUUAUUUCUUGUGCUAAUUUUGUUCUGAAAAUUCUACUUUAUUUUAUUCAUGCAAUUAAAAUUAAGUGAUUAAAUGUUUUUUUAUAAAUAUUUUUAUUAUAUUAAUAUAGAAUAAAAAUAUGAAGCUAUGAAAACUAUUUAUGCAAAUAUUGUGUUAGGUUUUUAAAAUAUUGUAGUUAUUUGCUUUGCCCCUAAUUUGUGAUUAAUUAAAUGAGUUGGGAAUGUGUGAAAAUCGAAUGCAACCCCCGUAAAGUUAUGUAAAUAUGAAAAGGGACCAUUGUUUUUAUAGAAACUAUGCCUUAUAAUAAAGUAUAGAAAAUGUAUACUUUUGUAGUGACCUAGUCAUUGAUAAAAUAUUAUUGACUAAAUUCCCAUAAUUUCAUUUUUGUAUUAUGGAUGUAUAUUAUAUUUUGUAUGAAUUGUGUGAGCUUUUAUUUUGGUUAUUUUUUAAUUUAUUGCUCUUCUUCUAUGUGUCUUAUGUAUCAUAGUGUAGAAAGUAGUUGUAAUGUUUAGAAGUAUAGUAAUACAGUUUUAAGCUUAGUUUGCAUCUUUUAUUUUCUUUGCCAUCUGAAACAAAGUAACUUUGUUUAUACAACUGGAGAUUAAUCUUAAUUUGAAUUACAUUAUAAGAUUUAAAACAAUUUUUUUAAUAUUUGGAGAGAGGGUUGAUUUCAUUCACUGCAAAUGAAAAAGAAAUGAAGUAAUUUCAACUUUUUUUUUUCUUUUGUUGUGUGCUUAUGUUUACUAUUAAAAAAAAAUUAUUUGAAUUAUUGAUUUCUUGCUUUAUUCUCAUUUUUAAUAUUUGGUAGUGCAUUAGCAUUUAUUUGUUAAAAAAAAUUUGUUUCACUGCUUUCUGAAAUUAUAUUUUCUACAGAAAGUAUAUAUGUGUGUAAACAAGCUGUGAACUUUGUAAACUAUAAAAUUAAGGUUCUUUCAGUAUUUGUACAUGGUUUUAUCUGUUUUUAGACUUUACUUUUCUAAUUCUGUAAUUUAUUUACUUCUAUAUACAUUUACCUUUAAUGAGAAAUUUCAGUCAUAAAAAAGACGCAUUUUCAAUGAAAAUUUUGUGCUCAUAACCGUUUAUAUAAUGAUUUUAUGUGAUAUUAAAAUGUAAAUAUUUUCAAUUAAUAAAAGAGAGUGUUGAGUUUUAUUACCCAUAUUUGUUGUGAUAUAAAGUAUGAGCAAAUUUUUUAAGGUGAAAAUUGUAGACAUUUGAAAAUGAGUUAUCUCAUAGCUAUCUGAUUUUAUUUUUUUUUUAAUUUAGGAAAAGAUUUACUGAUUGGAAAAUUUAAAAUUUAUGAAUACAUUUUUUUAGCUGUCCCAACAGCUGUCCUUCUAAUUAUUUUUAAUGCUGUUAACUAUGGAAAAAAAAAGUUGGGGAAAUUUGAUAGUUAUUUCAUUUCAAUUUAAAUUUUUAUAUUAUAUUUUUAAAAUGUGUCACAAAAAAUUGAAAGCCUUACAAAUACUUUUACUUUAUAUAUAUACAUAUGCAUACUGGUUGAAAAACUAGAAGAUGUAUAUAAUUUAUUGUAUUAUUUCGAAAAUAGUGAAAGUGUUGGAUAAUUUGAACAAGUGAUGCAUAUUAAGGCACAUAUUCAUUAGUUUUAAAUAAACUUAAAUUUCACUGGUAUGUAUAAUUAGAUAUCCUUUUUUAAUAUAAAUCUGAUAUCAGGUUUUGCUAAUUAUAAUUGGAUUAUUUUUAUGUAUGCUGAUUUUUAACUGAGAUGCAAAUUCUUGUUCUGUAAACCUCUGAGUAAAAUAAUAACAUUUCUAUACAUUGUAAAUUUCAGUGUGUUCUGCUUAUACUGUUGUUUUCUAAUCUCUAAUUUCAUUUCAUGCAAUAUUUGGUUUUAUUUACUUAAAAUUUAUUUUCGUGAGAAUCUCGUUCUUUUCAGGGAUAUCAGGUCUGAUCUGUCUUAAAAUAAUGUUAUGUUUUAUUAUAGAUCUGAUUUAGAUUUGUACUUAUUAAUAAAUUUUUGUGUUUUGUCAUAUUUUAACUUUUUUUUUCUUUUUCUUGAUUUUAAUGUAAUUAUUUGAUUUAAAAGUAAAGUUAAAUUCGUUAUAAUUAUUUUUAAUGCUAUAAUUUUGUUUUAAGGGCCAGUAAUUGUCCUGAAUUAAUGAACAAUGUUCUUAAAGCAAAUUAAUUUGACUUACUUAAUUGUCGCUGCAUCAUUUUGUAGUCUUUAAUAAUUUUGUCAUAAAAUUAUGUGGCUAAUAAGAAUCAUAAAUAUGUUUUUGUUUCAAAUAUAAUCUUAUGACUAAAAUUCAUCAAAUUUGUUGAUUUUGAAGCGAUCAAAGUAAGCUGGAUUUUUUGACGUUUCAAUAUUGUAAGAUUUUACCGAAUAAAAUUUUUCGUUGCAUUGUUACGAAAAAUUUUUACAUUUUUUUAUUGUUAUAUGUGAAAGUGUGGAAUAUAUUAAUAAUUUUACCUUGAUUUUUGAUGCCUAGCAGGAUUAUUACCUUUUUUUUUUUUUUUUUUUUUUUUUAAUAGACGCAUAACACUUGGAAAAUAUGUGGUAAUUUCCUUCCUUCAUUAUUAAUUUCCUUUGAUUUGACAAGAAAUUUUGUCUUGUGAAAUUUUUCAGAUUGCUUUGCUAUGCUAUUGGCUGAAAUAUCUAUGACCGAAUUUAUUUACCUAUAUUUAUUGAAUUCUGUUGUAUUGUGUGCAUCUAUAUAUAAUUAUUUUUCCUGUGUCUUUUUAAGAUAUGUUAAUCAAAGUAACAAUUAUGAAUUGAGUAAUUCUUUCCCUGCAAUUCUUGCUAGUUUUUAAGAUGGUAUGUUGUAGAUGAAAGCGUUUCCUUCAUUUAAAUAUUUGUGAGCAUUGGUGUGUAUAUAUAAUAUGCAAUGUACGACAUGUUAUGUCUAAUAAUUUUCUAGGAAAUAUGUGGCUUCUAAAUUCUUGAUAAUUGCGUUUGUCGGAAAGAAUAGUCAACUAUUUUGAGUUGGAUCACUAAUGUUGAACUCCUUUAUUUAAAAUUAAUAUCUUUUUUAAAUUUUCGCCGUUUCUGUAAUAUGUACUAAUAUAAGGUUUUCCUUUGCUGUUUGUUGUUUAAUUGUAAUAUUCUCUUUUUGUGAUUUAUACCUUAAUGUUUAAUUUAAAGGUAGAAUGAGGCUACCUUUUUAAAUUUAUACGCAUAUUAAUGAAUGAUUCAGCUUCAAUUUCUAAAUGUGUGCCAAAAAUAUGAAUAUUAAAAUAACAUGUUAUUAAACAUAUCAACUAUUAUUAUGGCAAAUGCCUUAAUUUUUCUCUCCGUUAACAAAUAUUUAAGUUUGUGAAACUAAAAUUUGUAGGUUUUUUUUUAGGAAAUAAUAUUUAGAGCAUUUAUCCAGAGUUAGCAUAUACUGAAAAUUAAUAGUCCUCAUCCAAUUUUAGCUCUUUGGAAAGUCACAUGUAGAAGAAUGAUUAAGAUUGAAAUCUAAUUUGUUUUAACACUUUCUGUUAUUUUUUUUCUUUUGAUUUUCAAGAAUAUUUCAAAUAGAUAUUGGUAUACACCAUAUUUCAAAGAUUUGCUGCACAGAACUUAGAUUAUGGAUACUAAAUUAUAGGUGUUUAGAUUUUCCUUAUUAUAGAAUUAAUCUUCUAUGGUAUGUAAAAGCCUGAUUUGUUAGAUUUUAUAAAUGACUAUAUGAUAAUAAGAUAUCAGUAUGAAAAAACUGUUUUUUAAAGAAAUGGUGCUAGUGUUCGAAGUAUUUUUGCAUGUGGUUUUUUGUAUUCAAUAUCUGACAUUAAAAUUAUACUGAAUCUUC